AUGUCUAUUGCAAAUCACCAUUGUCUCUCUUCUCUACUCACUAGCUGCAAGAGCUUAAGAGCCUUAACCCAAAUCCACGCCUCUCUAAUCAAAUCCGGCGUCGAUACCGAUUCUUACUUCACCGGAAAAUUAAUCCUGCAAUGCGCAAUCUCCAUUCCGAACGCAUUACCUUACGCUCGCCGUCUCUUGCUCUGCUUUCCCGAUCCCGAUGCCUUCAUGUUCAACACUCUCGUCCGAGGCUACUCCGAAUCCGACGAGCCGCACAAUUCCGUCGCGGCGUUUGUGGAGAUGAUGAGGAAAGGUGUCGUCUUUCCGGAUAGCUUCUCCUUCGCGUUCGUCGUCAAAGCGGCGGCGAAUUUCCGGUCUUUAAAAACCGGUUUUCAGAUGCAUUGUCAAGCGUUGAAGCAUGGGCUCGGUUCGCAUUUGUUCGUCGCCACUACAUUGAUCGGUCUAUACGGAGAUUGCUACUGUGUGGAGUCUGCUCGCAAGGUGUUCGACGAAUUGCGUCAGCCGAAUUUGGUCGCUUGGAACGCUGUGGUCACGGCUUGUUUCAGGGGAAACGACGUCGCCGGAGCUAAAGAAAUCUUCGAUAAGAUGACGGUGAGGAAUCACACGUCGUGGAACGUGAUGCUCGCUGGUUACACUAAAGCUGGAGAGAUUGAAAGUGCUAAACUUUUGUUCUUGGAAAUGCCUCUCAGGGAUGAUGUCUCUUGGAGCACUAUGAUUGUUGGGUUUGCUCAUAACGGAAGCUUCAAUGAGGCUUUCUCGUAUUUCAGGGAGUUGCAACGAGCGGGGAUGAGACCUAACGAGGUAAGCUUGACCGGAGUUCUCUCUGCGUGUUCACAAUCCGGGGCGUUUGAAUUUGGAAAGACGUUACAUGGGUUUGUAGAGAAAUUAGGGUAUGGUUGGAUAGUGUCAGUGAACAAUACGCUUAUUGAUAUGUAUUCUAGGUGUGGUAGUGUUCCAAUGGCUAGGUUAGUAUUUGAAAGUAUGCCAGAGAAGAAGAGUAUUGUGUCUUGGACAUCGAUGAUUGCAGGAUUAGCGAUGUAUGGUCAUGGGGAAGAAGCUAUUAGUCUCUUCAAUGAAAUGACUGAGUCUGGUGUGACGCCAGAUUGUAUAUCUUUCAUUUCGGUUUUGUAUGCUUGUAGUCAUGCUGGACUGAUUCAAGAAGGUGAAGAUUACUUCUCUGAGAUGAAGAGAGUUUACCACAUAGAGCCAGCGAUUGAACAUUAUGGUUGCAUGGUUGAUUUGUAUGGAAGAUCUGGGAAACUAGAAAAGGCUUACACUUUCAUACGCCAAAUGCCGAUUCCACCAACUGCGGUAGUGUGGAGGACUCUUCUAGGGGCUUGCAGUAGUCAUGGGGAUAUUGAAUUGGCAGAGAAAGUGAAACAAAGGCUUGACGAGCUUGAUCCGAAUAACUCAGGGGAUCUUGUUCUCUUGUCGAAUGUUUACGCUACUGCUGGUAAAUGGAAAGAUGUUGCUUCUAUCAGAAAGUCGAUGAUUGUGCAGAGGAUCAAGAAGACAGCUGGUUGGAGCUUGGUUGAAGUUGGGAAAGACUUGUACAAGUUCACUGCGGGGGAGAAAACAAAGGGAGUCAAUAUAGAGGCUGAUGAGAAGCUAAAAGAAGUAAUCUUGAGGCUUAGAGAUGAAGCUGGGUACGCUCCGGAAGUUGCAAGUGCUUUGUAUGAUGUAGAAGAGGAAGAAAAGGAGAAUCAAGUGAGUAAACACAGUGAGAAGCUUGCACUUGCAUUUGCUCUGGCUAGGUUACCCAAAGGAGCUACUAAUAUCAGGAUUGUGAAGAAUCUGAGAAUCUGCAGAGAUUGUCAUAUUGUUAUGAAGCUGGCGUCGAGUGUUUAUGGAGUAGAAAUUGUGGUCAGAGAUAGAAACCGGUUCCAUUCAUUCAAGGACGGUUCUUGCUCAUGCCGUGACUACUGGUAA